AUGGUUCCCUCUUAUCAUCAAUUAUGCUUGGCCCAUGGUAUUCAGUGCGCUGUCCUGGACGUGCUAUACAAAGCUGAUAACACAGAAGGUAACACCGGCAUCACUGUUAACAGACCUUGCGAUAGCUCUGACUCUGAGGACGAAAGUGAUAUAGAGAACGAAGAUGAAAAUCGUUUUGUCAUCGAAGCUGACCCCAGUGGGGUCAUUCCCAAGCUGGUUUAUAAAGAAUUGAUAACUAAAGUCCGGAAAAUAGUAAAAUUUCUCAAAGGUUCGCCUACUCGCAUGGAUAUACUCAAUUCUUACCUGGAGUCCAAAUCUAAAGACACGACACUGAUCCUCGAUUGCAAGACUCGUUGGAGCAGCCUUGCUGAUAUGAUAGCAAGAUUUCUAGAAUUCAAAGACGCAAUUCAAAAGACAUUAAUUGAUCUCAAAGAGAAGACUACCUUUUCAGAUACUGAAAUAUUAAUUUUGAAAGAUAUGUCUAGUUCUCUCAAUUUCAUAAAGGCCACAGUUGAAGAACUUUGCGAGCGAAAAUCAAACUUACUAACCGCAGAAAUUGCACUUCAAUUCAUGAUGGAGAAAUUGGCGAUGAAUCCAGACGUUAUUAGUGGCCAGCUUAAAGAAGCUUUAAAUAGAAGAAUCUUGCAGAGGAGAAAUGCUACAUUGGUAAGUACGUUACAGUACUUACAUAAUCCUACAAAAUAUUAUGACGAAAGGAAUACUCCUCAUGCAUUUUCAAAGGCAUCCCAUGCGGAAAUAAUAGCCUUAAUUGUAAAAAUCAAUGAGACUUAUUUUUGCAAAGAUAAAGCUGCUACAACUGUCUUUGAAGCUGAAGAUGGCCUGCCUUUAAGAGAAAUACAAAGACAGCAGCGCCUUGAAGAUGAGAGGGAACAGGAUACAGCCAAGACAUUCAAGGAACAGUUAAAGACAAAAGAUAAUGAAACCUUGCACAAUACUGCUGAGGUAUCAACAAAACAUUUGUCCGAAAACGAUGACUUGGAAACGUCUGUCAGGGUGGAAAUGGCGCUAUUAGAUCGAAGUGGCCCUAAAAGCAUUCAUCUACAACGUGUUUACGAUUUUUUACUUACCAUCCCACCUACAAGCGUUGAAGCAGAACGUGUAUUUUCGGCUAAUAGAUAUUUUUACAAUCAUUUGAGAUGUUCAUUCAAUGACGAUACGUUAGACGCCCUCAGUUUCCUGCGGUCAUACUUUAUGAACACAAGAAAGUAA